AUGUUAUUCGUAUCUGUUGUAUCAUUUUAUGUUCCAUUAUCAAUAAUGAUGUAUGUUUAUGUUCAAGUAUAUAUAGCAGCUAAAAAACAAGUUUUAGCACUUCGUUCUGGUUAUAAACAUCAUUAUCGAAUAAAAUCUGCCAAAUCAUUUAUUCCAAAAUUUCGUUUAAAAGAAAUUUCAAAUAAAAAUGAAACAUAUAUAAAAAACGUCGCAGAAACAAAUGAAAAUGAUGUUCAUCUAACAACAGAUAUGUUAAUAGAAAAUCGUCGACCAUCACCAGAUUUAAUAACACUUCGUAUACAUCAUGGAAAAUAUCAAAAUCCAAUUUUAGAUUCAUUUGAUCAAAAUGAUAAAAAUGGAAAUAAAUCAUUUAAAAAAAUGAGAAGAAAACGUGCACAAACAAAUACAUUUUGGAAGAAAUUUUCGCGAGAUCAAAAAGCAGCAAAAUUUAUAGGAAUUAUUAUGGGUGUUUUUGUUGUUUGUUGGUUACCUUAUUUUGUAUAUUUUCUUUUGAGUGGUGUUUUUAAAAUUCGUUUGAAAGAUGAAAAUUAUCAUGAAUUAUUAUUUAAAAUAUUUUCUUGGUUAGGAUAUACAAAUUCAGCAUUGGAUGUACUUGUAUAUGUUUUUACUUCCAAAGAAUUAAGAACAACAUUUUGGAAAUUGUUUAUACCUCGAACUUGUAGACGCAAAAAUGGAACAAAUUAA